AUGCAUUUGAAACAUGGAGUAGCUUUGCCACCGGAUAAACAGUUGACAUAUUCUUGCUCGAUAUGCGGCAUGGGAUACAUUUACGAGAAGAAUUACAAACGUCAUCUUCAGAAACAUGAGAGUGGAGAACUCAAUGAACUGGGAAAUGAGAAACAUUCAUGUGAUAUCUGUGGAAAUGUGUACGCUCAUAAGUUUACUCUGAUCGUUCACUUACGUGAAAAACAUGGUGAAUCGGGUGAAAUUGUGAUUAAAAAGAAAAAAUCUAUUUGGAAACCAUACAAGUGUCAAUUCUGUCAAAUGCCAUUUCGUAGAUACAUGUCGCUGUAUAGCCAUCAAGUACGAGAACAUCCGGAAACAAGGGUGGAUAUAUCAAGUCCAUCAUCACUAUCAUACUUGCUAUCCCUGCACACACUUCUCAGCAAUCAGAGUUCUACACAGAAGAAGGAUUCGAAGGAGAAGAAACCGAGUUUUUUGAUAAAAGAUAUUAUUGAUAUUGAUGGUUGA